CGCUAUACGCGGAAUUGACGGGUAUAUUCAUGCAACGGAGAGCAAUCGCGGUUUUCCCCAGGAAGGACAACAAGAAAAGCAUUCGUUAAGUCAAGACUCCAUAUGGAUGUACCUUGGGGAACGUCGUAAGUACGGCAACCGAUUUAAGCAAGCGAUCGAGUUCUAUUAGCAAUACGCGUUUAACACGCGUUGGCUUCUUGUCUUGUGCGUGGAAAUACUGUAAAACAGUUAACGAUCCCAUAAGCAUGGCGACAAGCACAAGGUGGAUAGCUGUGAUCCUGCAGCUUUCAAGUUCGUUCCUCGGAACCAUCGGAGCGACGGAAGAGCUCUGCCUUGCCAGGCACCUUGACCAUGACCUGGAAGUCGUCGGGCGUUGUGUGCCUCUUCUAGAGUGCUUGGAUUCCUUUAGGAGCCUGGGACAUUUGAAGGUUCCAAAUUUCUGUCGAAUAGAAGGCUUAAAUCCCAUCGUGUGCUGCCCAAACAAAAUGGAUCAGCGACCACCAGUAUCUACACCCACGACCACAACUGUGACAUCAACUGUGCCGCCACAGACGUGCAAAGACAAGGACGGUGCAAUCGGGAACUGCAUUCCUGUGGACCAGUGUACUUCACUUCAGAAAGCAGCGGAGAACAAACAGUUCCCACCACUGUGCGAUUUCAAAAUGAGCAUUCCGUAUGUCUGCUGCGUUGCCGACGCCCCACCGUCUCAAGCAGUAGGGGUCGUUACCUACACGAACCCAAAACCGCCACCCGUAACGACAGAGGAGCUCCUCAACGACAAUCAACGAUAUUGCGGUAGAAAGCACUACCUGCCGCCAGGACAAACUGACCUGAAGUUUGUCGUUAAGGGAGGCAAGAACGCACCGAAAGGAAAAUACAAGUUCGCCGUGGCCAUUUUUCGAGACAAAGUUGGCGUCCUCAACUUCUGGUGCGGAGGAACCCUCAUCACAAGACGCGUUGUCCUCUCUGCAGCGCAUUGUUUUCACGACACACUGAACGAUACAAAGUACGUUGCACGAAUCGGUGGUGUGGACAUCAAGCACAACAGUGAGGACAUCUUCAUUGAGCGAGGCAUAGCGGCUGUCCAUGUCCAUCCAGAUUACGAUCCGAACUUCAACUAUGCUGAUGUGGCAGUGCUUUUGUUAGACUCCGUCAGUGGCAUAGCUCCCAGGGAGGUACCGGCAGCGUGUCUGCCAGAUAGAGACAGAGAUCCUCAAGUGCCAAGGGCUCUUGUGCUGGGAUGGGGACACGACAACUUCGGGGGCCGUGUGCAGACGCAUCUGCAAGAAGCGUACGUUCCUGUAGUAGGAAGGGAGCAGUGCAACCGAGCGUAUGAGACCCUGGAUAGCUACAAGAAACAUUUUCCGCGAGGCAUCAAUGAUCAUUUCAUCUGCGCCGGAAAUCUGACUGAUGGAGGGGUCGACGCGUGUCAGCAAGAUUCAGGUGGGCCUCUGGUAGUCAGCUCUACGCGAGACGGCAGAACCUUCUGGGAAGUGGUGGGUGUCGUUGCCUUCGGGGUUGACUGUGGCUCCAAGGAGUAUCCAGGCGUCUACAGCCGAGUGUCUACCUUCCUGCCAUGGAUUGUCCGUACAGCCAUCCAGCUCACACCUCCCAAUGAGGUCACUUCCUGGAGGAACACGUUCGUUAUGGAGAUCCGCGACCCCGUGUGGGAAGUUCAGGGACAUGGGAAAUCCGGCAACCGGUUUAUGUACGCGACUUCUACGACAGAGUUCCUCGUGAGCUUGUACGAGAAGGGCAACGAUUUGCUUGCGAGGAUGGCCAGGGCACGCACGUGGCUCAUUCCAGUGCUACUGCUACUUGAGCUGUCACUCGCCGUCAGCGGGAGCAGUGCUCAGAGCAUCGGACGCGUUCGCGCCAAGCGAGAGUCAUGUCGGGCCAGGCAUCCACAGCGAGACGAGGAAACCGACGGUCGCUGCAUUCCCCUUCUGGAGUGCCUGGACUCUUUGAGGAGCUUGGGCCGUUUCAAGGUUCCAAAUUUCUGUGGUGUACGCUUCUUCAAUCCUAUCGUAUGUUGCCCAAAGAUGGACGAGCCGAUGACAGCAGCUCCUCCACCAUCUACCACAACGACCACUACAACAACAACUACUCCCUCCACCACCACAACGACAACAACCACGUCACCUAUAAGACAACUGCCACCGAACGGGACAGACAUAGCGUGCAAAGACCAGAACGGCGUUGAUGGCAAGUGCGUUCCUCUGGAUCGGUGCGCGGCACUGAAGAAGGCAGCCGAGAACAAGCAGUUCCCGCCACUGUGCGAUUUCAAAAUGGGAGUCGCGUACGUAUGCUGCAUCACCGAAGAAACUCCUCCUCUUCAGCUUCAACCCAUAGCGGUCGGUGGCACCGGAAAUCCACAGCCACCUCCGGUAACGACAGACGAGCUUCUGAACGACAACGAGCGAUAUUGUGGGAAGAAACACUACUUGCCUCCUGGAGUAACUGACUUUCACACUGUGGUUUUUGGAGGAAAGGACGCGGAGGAAGGAAAAUACAAGUUUGCAGUCGCCAUUUUUCGUGACAAAGUCAGUCUUCUCAACUUCUGGUGUGGAGGAACUCUCAUCACACAACGCAUCGUUCUCUCCGCGGCUCACUGCUUUCACGACACGUUGAACGAUACCAAGUACGUGGCCCGUAUCGGCGGAGUGGACAUCAAACACAACGGCGAAGGUCCCUUCCUUGAGCGAGGAAUAUCUGAUAUUCGGAUCCAUCCAGACUACGACCCAACACUGUACUACGCUGACGUGGCAGUUCUUCAGCUGGACUUCGUCACCGCUAUAGCACGCAGAAAAGUACCCGCUGCUUGCCUGCCAGAUAUGGACAGCGAGCCCGAAGUUCCGUACGCUUUUGUACUUGGCUGGGGUCACGAUACUUUCGGAGGCAGGGUACAGACGCACUUACAAGAAGCUGAGGUCCCUCUUGUUGGAAGAGAGCAGUGCAACUCGGCGUACCAGUUUCUGAACGGCUACAAGGCUACCUUUCCACGGGGCAUUAACGAGCACUUCGUCUGCGCCGGUAACCUCACGGACGGAGGUGUCGAUGCGUGUCAGCAAGACUCCGGCGGCCCCCUGGUCAUCAACACGACGGCGAACAACCGCACCUAUUGGGAAAUAGUGGGCAUCGUCUCCUUCGGAGUUGGUUGUGGCUCCAAGAACUAUCCAGGCGUGUACAGUCGAGUGUCUACGUUCGUGCCCUGGAUUGUUCGCACAGCAAUCGAGCUGACACCACCUGGUCAAGUGACUAGAACUUAGUUAACAACAAGCGGCAGAGAUAUACCUCAGUCUCCAAGACCUGCAGAGCGCAAGUGGCUGAAGACAGAGUCACAAAACGAGCUUAGAAGGAUCCUCUGGACGUGUUUCUUUUUGACUGUUUGCCUUCGCGGUAACCUCACGUCAAAGAUGGCAUCGGUACAACUGUACCACGUUGAACUCGACUACAGUGUGACCGUUAUACAAGAGAUGACACCUAGACGACAACCAUGACAAGACGCGCAUGGGGGAGGGGGGGGGGGAGGGGGCUCCCGUUGUGUGAAGUAAUUGGGAUGA